AUGGUAGGUGAUAAUGGCAAAAUUGACCUUAAAAAUACAUUAAAUAUAGGUGAAUCUAAGAUUUUUGAAUGUAGAGAAUCCAAAUCCGAAUUUAUAAUUGAAAUUGUUGGAAAAUAUACACAAGAACUAAGAGCACUUGGGCUGAGAAUUUUGGAUCUAAUUUCUGAAGGGUUGGGAUUAGGCCCAAAUUACUUUUCUGGAGAACUAAGUGAAAAUCCAGUAGUGAUAUCUCACCACUACCCUCCUUGCCCAGAACCAAGUUUAACAUUAGGAGCAUCAAAACAUAAAGAUCCAAACAUUCUAACCAUACUUUUUCAAGAACGAAAUAUCACUGCACUCCAUGUCUUGAAAGAUGGGGCAUGGAUUCCUGUUGAGCCAAUUCCUAAUGCCUUUGUAGUUAACAUGGGCCGGGGUUUAUGCUUCAGGCUGAUAGGUGCUGAACAUCGAGUUAUAACAAAUGCAAGCCCUAGUCGGCACACUAUUGCCUAUUUCAUUAAUCCAAGUAAGAAGCCAUUAUAUUAUAGGACCUGCUAG